ACUUUAUUUUUUUGUUUUUUUGCGACAUUGCUUUUGUCGAAUAAACCAGGGUCAAUGGACACCGUCCUACUGUCCUAGUGUUAUGUCAGUUUAUCUAUUCGUUAUUUAACGUAAUGAAAUUGACAUGAACACACGUUUUGUACAUAAGCUAUAUCCAGACAGAUCUCCAGUCUCUGCGUUUCCAGAGGUCCCCCUCCGCCCCCCCUUUAACCCCAACCCACACUGAUGGAGACAGAGCGGGAAGCCGACCUCCUGGAAGAGGAACCUUCUCAGGAGAAUGGGGUCAUCCAGAGCACCCAGGGCCUGUACAGCUCCACCUCCCCUCCGGCCUCAGACAACGAGCCUUUCUCCACAUACUUUGAGGAGAAGGUGCCCAUUCCAGAGGAUGUCACCCAGGUUUUCAGUUUCCGUAAACUCUGGGCCUUUACGGGACCUGGUUUCUUGAUGAGCAUUGCCUAUCUUGACCCAGGGAACAUCGAGUCUGACCUGCAGUCUGGAGCUAAAGCUGGCUUUAAGCUCCUGUGGGUGUUGUUGGGGGCCACCAUCAUCGGCCUCCUCCUGCAGAGACUGGCUGCGCGCCUGGGGGUUGUCACAGGGAUGCACCUUGCAGAGGUCUGCAACCGCCAGUACCCCACUGUUCCUCGUAUUAUCCUGUGGCUGAUGGUGGAGCUGGCCAUCAUCGGCUCAGACAUGCAGGAGGUCAUCGGCUGUGCCAUCGCCUUCAACCUCCUCUCUAUGGGCAGGAUUCCACUUUGGGGAGGUGUCCUCAUCACCAUCAUUGACACCUUUGUGUUCCUUUUUCUAGAUAAAUAUGGCUUGAGGAAACUUGAAGCCUUCUUUGGGUUUCUCAUCACCAUCAUGGCUGUAAGCUUUGGAUAUGAGUAUGUGAUGGUGCGUCCGGACCAGGGGGAGCUGCUGAAGGGGAUGUUUCUGCCGUACUGUGAGAACUGUGAUUCUGCCCAGAUGGAGCAGGCUGUGGGCAUCGUAGGAGCGGUCAUCAUGCCCCACAACAUCUACCUGCACUCUGCCCUCGUCAAGUCUCGGCAAAUAGAUCGUGGGAACAAGAAGGAGGUGAAGGAGGCCAACAAAUACUACUUCAUCGAGUCAACUAUUGCUCUCUUCAUCUCCUUCCUCAUCAACGUCUUUGUUGUAGCAGUGUUUGCUGAGGCCUUCUACGACAAAACCAACAUUGAGGUGAAUGCAAAAUGCAAUGCAUCAGGCAGUCCUCACACAGACCUCUUCCCUCUGGACAACAGCACGCUACAGGUGGACAUCUUCAAAGGGGGCGUGGUGCUGGGUUGUUUCUUUGGCCCUGCGGCCCUCUACAUCUGGGCCAUCGGGAUCCUGGCUGCCGGACAGAGCUCCACCAUGACAGGCACAUACUCUGGCCAGUUUGUCAUGGAGGGUUUCCUGAACCUGCGUUGGUCCCGUUUUGCCCGGGUGCUUCUCACCCGCUCCAUCGCAAUCUUCCCCACCCUGCUGGUGGCCAUCUUUCAGGACGUACAGCACCUAACGGGCAUGAACGACUUCCUCAACGUAUUGCAGAGCAUGCAGCUGCCGUUUGCUCUGAUCCCCAUCCUGACCUUCACCAGUCUGACAUCCAUCAUGGAUGACUUUGCUAAUGGACUGGUGUGGAAGAUUGGCGGAGGGGUGGUCAUCCUGGUGGUCUGUGCCAUAAACAUGUACUUUGUGGUGAUCUACGUGACCAGCCUGAACAGUGUGGCGCUCUACGUGCUGGUGGCCUUGCUCUGCAUAGCCUACCUAAGCUUUGUGUGCUACCUGACGUGGCAGUGUCUGAUAGCCCUCGGUGUGUCCUGUCUGGACGUGUCCUGUCUGGGCAACAGGGUAAGCAACAACCGCCACGCUGUGUUCAUUGAGGAACAGCCAGCGUAUGACACCUAAAACGGAACAGGACAGUGUUUUAAAGGACAAGACAGACCAAGACUAACGUUGGCUGUGCACAGCAGAUCACCUGCUAGGUGUCGACAAACGUUGGAGAUGUAAAAUCGUUGGGAAAUGAACAGAAAAUGACGCAUUCGCUGCACAUAAUGUUCUUGUUGGUCUGUCAUGUCCUUCAGGCUUUGAGAGACGUACUCCUUUUUAGCGAGAUCUUAAGACUUAUCCCGAUAUCUCUAAUCAUGAGAUCAACACUUCAGAGAACAUUUUCCCUCCACUGUUCUAAUGGUUUUAUCGUGUUCAGUUCUGUUGAGCUACUGGUAUCUGGGGUUUAUUAUGUAAAACCCAAUUACGACGACCCCCUGUCCCUUUUUAGAGUCCUCAGGGUUCAGUUAUAGUUUAUAUCUUAUCCUGUAUUUUCAUGCUCAAGCAGAGCGGAUGUGACAUUCUUAUGCUUUUCAAUUAGAAAAUUAAGUUUGAAUUCUAUUUCUCAAAUUAUUGCAGUCCUAUUCCAGGUUGACAAGUUAUGAUCUGGCAAAAUGGCCAUUCUUAACCUGCUGACAUAAUAAGCUGAAGUCUACAGUAUUUGGCAGCUGCUAUCGGUCUGUUUGGUAAUUUACUUUUUUCCGUUAUUGUACCUCUGUGUGAAGACACCAUUUAUGAUUAUUUGGUCAAAUGAAGAACUGAAGUAUAUCUCUCCUUCCUGUAUUAUUAAAUUCAUUUGAGAUUUUUGUUCAUUAUAAUUACAGUUCUCACCUUUUCAGCAAAAGAAACUAUGGGAAGAGAACACUUUUAGUUUGGGUUGAGCAUAAUUUAAAAAUGACCUUUUUUAGUCAGUAUUGUCAACACGCAUCUCUCCAUUCAAACUGAUUUUUUUCAGAGUGCAUGUGUUUUGACUUCAAAACUGUUAAUAUAAUCUGUUUGUAAAUUAGGGUUGUUCCCCACUAGAAGUGAGGAUUUGGAAUGGACACGUAUGUACAAUUUGAUGUGACUAGGAAGGACAACAAACUUUUUAAGUGUAAUAACCUUGUUAUGGCGAGUAAAUAAAUAAUUCUCGCAUAUCUUUUAAUUGAGAGUUUUGCCAAUUGUCUAACACUGUGGUAGACUUUUUGUAAUGUGGUACUAAUAACAUGCCCCUUGCUACCUUUACUAAAUGACGUAUGUUAUAACAUACCACUUGAGGUUAGUUUUAUCUUGAAUGUUAUUUGUAAUGUUUUUGAUAAACAUCAGAUUGGAAUUACAGGACUGUUAAAAGCAUUCAUGAGUAAUUUCCUAUAAUGCCUCAAUGCUUUUUCAUAAGAUUCUAUGAUUGUUUUCAUUCCAACAAAUCCUUGGAUAGAUAACAAAAACCUAUAAUUCCAAGUGAGAUCGAAGUCAAACGCUGAAAUUCUAUUUUAACAAGAUUGCCCUUAAAGGGAUACUUCAGGAUUUUGGCAAUGAGGCCCUUUAUCUACUUCCCCAGUCGGAUGAACUUGUGGAUACCAUUUUUAUGUCUUUUGAUGCGGAUUUUGCCACUUUGACGGAAGUUGCUAACUAGCAUUAGCGCAAUGACGAAGUCUAGUCAUUGAGCUAAUGCUAAUCAGCAUUGGCUCGCAAAACUAACUUCAUACUGGACACAGAGACAUAAAAAUGGUAUCCACAAGUUCAUUUGACUGGGACAUCGCUUUAAAGAAAUUACAUCCCAAAAAUAUAUUUUGUUAUUUGGUUCAUUAGUCCACUGUUGACAGUCCCAAAAUGUUUUGCUUGUCAGCAAUAUAUUGUUUUAAGAUUGAACAUACAUAUAAAGAACUGGUUUCUUGCAGAUGUUUAAUGCAACAGACCAAUCUGUAAACUUAAUUCAUGCAGUUCUUGCAUGGUCAAGCUCAAUCUAUUUGACUAAGAAUAAUAUUCAGCAGCUAUAAAAGGUUAAGGAUUUUACUAUGUUUUUACCAGGGUUUUAAGAGAACUCAAAUGUAACUAUCUGUAGUGUCACACCAGUGCAUCUCUCUCUCUGUGUAAUACAGCAAGGCAGACUCUCUUAGCGGUGCAUUGUUCUGACUAGAGGUGUGUUUGAACCCAGCAGAACCAAGUGAAGCAUAUUGUAGAUAUAAGCUAUACGACAGUGUCUGUCUCACUACUGAAUAAAGCAACACCAUGUAUCAAAAAUAAAAAUCAAAACAAACAUGGA